AUGAAAAAGGUAAAAAACACAGUUAUAAAUUUUUCUGCUUUUGAUUUAAGUAGUAAGCAGUCACUGAUAAAUUUUUAUAGGUCUCUAAAUAGAGAAUAUAUUUGUGGAGAGAUACAUAAUAAUUUGAUAUUAAAUCCAGACCCCAAAUCAUCUUUUCUUUAUUUUGAACAUCGACAAAACGAAAUAAUAUUAGGAUUUAAAGAUACUAAUAAUGAGUUAUAUCAAAAAUUAAUAAAAAUAAAAGAUAGUUAUAUAUUUGAUGAGCCUCAAACAAAAGCCGAUAAAGAUAUUGGAAAUUUAAUUAAGGACAUAAAAAAUUAUUCUUAUAUACAAGGAGGAGCAUUAAUUACAUUUCAUAAACAAUUAUUAAAAAAUUAUAUAGCUCUACAAAUACAGAAAUUUAAAGAAGUCCAAGAUAAGUAA